AUGAAAUAUAAAUGCCGUAUAAUUAAGAUUAAGGGAAAUGUGAAUGGUUGUUCAGAAUUCACCGAUGAACAGCGAGAAUUCCGUGAAGUUGCUCGUAAAUUCGUUCGAGACGAAGUUAUACCUGUGGCUAUGGACCUCGACAGAACUGGAGAAUUUCCAUGGAAUGUUUUAAAGAAAGCACACGCUACAGGGCUGAUGAAUACUGAAAUUCCCACUGAAUACGGGGGAUUAGGCUUGGAUACAAUAACAAAUGCAAUUUUAAGCGAAGAAUUAGGUUAUGGCUGUGCUGGAAUUUGUACGGCUAUAAUUACAAACGGCCUUGCUGAGACCCCCUUAAUAAUUGCAGGUUGCGAUGAACUUAAAAAGAAAUAUCUUUGUCUAAGUGAACCUGGUGCUGGCUCUGAUGUUGCUAAUAUUCAAACAAAAUCCGAAAAAAAAGGCAACGAAUACAUUAUUAAUGGCUCUAAGAUGUGGAUUACAAAUGCUGGUCAUGCAAAUUGGUUUUUUGUCUUAACUCGAAGCGAUCCCGAUCCAAAAGUACCAAUUACCAAAGCAUUCACAGCAUUCAUUAUUGAUGGUGAUGCAACUGGUGUUAGUCGAGGCAAAAAGUGUGCAUCAGAUACUCGUGGAAUCACCUUCGAAGAUGUACGAGUGCCAGCAUCACAGGUAGUCGGUGCACCUGGUGAUGGUUUCAAAAUAGCUAUGAAAACAUUUGACAGAACUCGACCAUUGGUGGCUGCAAUGGCAACUGGUUUGGCAUCUCGAUGUCUUGACGAAGCAAGCAAAUAUGCUCUUGAACGAAAAACAUUUGGUUCUGCUAUCGCCAAUCAUCAGGCGGUCGCUUUCAUGUUGGCCGAUAUGGCCAUAAAUUUGGAGCUUUCUCGUUUAAUAACUUAUCGAAGUGCUUGGGAAGUCGAGCAAGGCCAUGUCGGUUCGUAUUUUUCGGCUAUAGCCAAAUGUUUCGCAGCUGACACCGCAAAUAUUACUGCCUCAAAUGCCGUGCAAAUUUUUGGUGGAAAUGGUUUCAACUGCGAAUAUCCAGUAGAAAAAUUGAUGCGUGAUGCUAAAAUAUUUCAAAUUUAUGAAGGAACAAGUCAAAUCCAACGUAUUGUUAUCUCAAAACUUCUACUGAAACGAGUUGGUGAAAAAUUGUCGGAAAAUCAGCGACAGUGUCGAGAUGUCGCACUAAAAUUUGCGAAAGAAGAAAUACUUCCUGUUGCUGCUCAAUACGAUCGAACCGGAGUAGUAAGUAUUCAUGAACCUUUUAUUUGUGGGUCCGUCAGUGGAGAUAGACCUGUAGCAUCUGGAUUUCACUUUUCAUGUUUUUUUAAGCGACAGAAAUGUAUUGUGUUUCCAUGGAAUAUUAUAAAAAAGGCACAUGCCACUGGCUUAAUGAAUUGUCAGAUUCCGGCGAAAUAUGGUGGGGCAGGAUUGUCGACAUUAGAGACGGCUUUAGUCGUUGAAGCUUUGGCUUAUGCAUGCACAGGGAUACAACUAGCAAUAAUGGGACCAUCGCUUGCUAUGGCUCCUAUAUAUAUUGCUGGGACUGAAGUACAGAAGAAAAAAUAUCUUGGAAUGCUUGCUGCUGAACCAUUUAUUGCUUCCUAUUGCGUAACUGAACCUGAAGCUGGGUCUGAUGUAUCUGCUAUUAAGACAAAGGCAGAAAAGAAAGGAGAUUCCUAUGUUAUAAAUGGUUCAAAAGCUUGGAUCACUGGGGGUGGCCACGCUAAAUGGUUUUAUGUGCUUGCUAGGACCGAUCCUGACCCAAAAGCACCUUCUAGGAAAGCUUUUACUUCAUUUAUCGUUGAUGGUGAUGCAUCUGGUAUCACUCGUGGAAAAAAAGAAAUGAAUAUGGGUCAGCGGUGUUCGGAUACAAGAAUGAUUACAUUUGAAGAUGUUGUUGUCCCAAAAGAGAAUAUAGUUGGCUCACCAGGCGAAGGAUUCAAAAUCUCAAUGAGUGCUUUCGAUUUGACGAGACCAGGUGUUGCAGCUGGCGCUGUGGGUCUUUCAUGGCGUGCUUUGGAUGAAGCAUCUAAAUAUGCAUUAGAAAGGAAGACAUUUAGUGUUCCUAUUGCUCAGGUUCAAUUGUUUUUGCGGAUGGAAGUUUUAAAAUUUCUUGAACUCAUUUUCUAUUCUCUGCUACUUUUUUUUUCUUUUUUUCUUACGCUAUUUUUUGAAGGUCAAAUUUUCUAUAACAAUUGA